AGGACCUGGCCUCCAUGCUCAGUCACAACCGAAGCCUGACAGAGCUGGACCUGCGGCAGAACGACCUGGGAGACCUCGGCGCGAAGCUGCUCUGUGAAGGGCUCAAGCAGCCCACCUGCCAACUCAGGGGCCUGCGGUUGGCUGACUGUGGCCUCACCGCAAAGGGCUUCCAGGACCUGGCCUUUGUUCUGAGCACCAACAGAAGCCUGACCCAGCUGGACCUGAGCUUCAACAAGCUCCUGGACAGCGGAGCCCAGCACCUUUCUCAGAAGCUGAGAAUGUACACCUGCAAGCUGCAGCAACUGCUGUAAUUGCUCCUCUUUGAAACUAGUUGGAAGGA